AUGUCGGUUUGCGAAAUUUGUGGAAAAUGUUUUUCCAUUAAGUCUGCUUUGAAAAGACACAUUUUAGAAGUUCACGAGAAGAAACAUGUGCACUCAUGUAUGGAUUGUAAUAAAAAAUUCGUGCGGAAAAGUGAUUUAAAGCGGCAUACGGACACUGUCCAUUCUUCGGAAAAAAUUUCCUGUGAAGUUUGCAAAACUACAUUUGCUCGAAGAGACAAUCUUCUACACCACGUAAACUAUGGAAACUGCAAAAGAAAAAUGGAUAGAAAGAGAAAGAGGGAAGAUGGUGAUCUAUCUUCAAAGAAAAAGCUUCCUUCUGAAAUUAAAACUUCUGAACCUUCGACUUCAGCAGCCGCUCCUUCUGAUUUAGGAUCAUCGUCUCCUCCUGUAAGUAGGAUUACUACAGAAAAUGUUAACCAACCCUCAACAUCUUCAGCUGUUUCUGUAAAUUUAGAGUCAUCUUCUCGUCCUGAAAUGUCCAUACUUAUGCCGAAAACAACAUUGUUUACAAAAGAAAUUUGUGACUCUGAAUUAACCCAACAUGUCGAUUUGUAA